GGUCGGUCUGGGGUCCUCACAGCCGGCACGAGCCCUCCCGGCCCUGACCGCCGCCCAGCGCGGGGAAGAUGCCUGAGCAGAGCAAUGACUACCGGGUGGUGGUGUUCGGGGCGGGCGGCGUGGGCAAGAGCUCGCUGGUGCUGCGCUUCGUCAAGGGCACGUUCCGGGACACCUACAUCCCCACCAUCGAGGACACCUACCGGCAGGUGAUCAGCUGCGACAAGAGCGUGUGCACGCUGCAGAUCACCGACACCACGGGCAGCCACCAGUUCCCGGCCAUGCAGCGGCUGUCCAUCUCCAAGGGCCACGCCUUCGUCCUGGUCUACUCCAUCACCAGCCGGCAGUCGCUGGAGGAGCUGGGGCCCAUCUACAAGCUCAUCGUGCAGAUCAAGGGCAGCGUGGAGGACAUCCCCGUCAUGCUGGUGGGCAACAAGUGCGACGAGACGCAGCGGGAGGUGGACACCCGCGAGGCGCAGGCGGUGGCCCAGGAGUGGAAGUGCGCCUUCAUGGAGACGUCGGCCAAGAUGAACUACAACGUCAAGGAGCUGUUCCAGGAGCUGCUGACGCUCGAGACGCGCCGAAACAUGAGCCUGAACAUCGACGGCAAGCGCUCCAGCAAACAGAAGAGGACAGACCGCGUCAAGGGCAAAUGCGUCCUCAUGUGAGCCCAGAACGCCCGCCACCAGCCGCCCGAGCCUCUCCCAGUGGCCCUGCUCCUCCCCCCUCCCCUCCUCCAGUCCUCCUCUCCCGUCCUUCCUUCCGUCCUCCUGCCCUCCUCUCUCCUCAUCUCUUCCUCUUCUCUUCUUUCAUCUGACACCUCCGCGGGGGGUGGAAAAACGAGGCCCCGGUGAGCCCGCGGCAGGUCUGGGGCUCCAACCUGGCUCUGCCGCACGGCUCUGCCUUCCCCCCUUCUCUGCCCCCCAGUCCUGUCUGCACCCCCAAAGCCAAGUGCUGGAGGUGGCCCCCUGGAUCCGCACAUGAGUGGGGAAGCUGCCUGUCCCCGCGGAGCCCUAGGACGCCGGGUCUUUCCUGUCUCUGCCCAUCUCUGUCUCUUUCCCUUGGGUGCCCCCCGGCCAGACCCGUGUCUCCCCCAUUAGAUCACUGUGACCUUGCUGGGGGGGAGGGUGGGGGGAGUGUUGAAAUGCACAUGGACCUCAGAGUUUGGUUUCUCCUUUUUGGUGUUUAACACACACUGCCCCUCCCCCAUCUCUCAUGACCUCUGGCCUGUGCCCUCACCCCGGGUCCCAGAUCAGUCCUCACCUCUGUCCCCACAGCCUCGGUUGGGGGUGGGGGGCUGGGCUUGUGGGAUGGGUCUCAGGCCACCAGGCAAUAACCACAGAGCCUGCAGCAGCGCCCCGCCAGCCUGGAAUCCCGCCGCUCGCCCAGCCUGAGGGGAGGCUGGGGUGCAGGCAGGGGAGGCCUGAGACUGGCCCGUGGCCACAGCACAACCCAAGGGGACUGUCCAGCGUGAAUCUGGAGGGCGUCCCCGGACAACGACCCGCAGACUGGCACAGUGUGUCACCACUGAGCCUCAGGCAGGGGGACAUGGGGUGCUGGGGAGGGGGUACCUGGGGCCCCAUCCAGGGGCAGGCGGCUGAGCCCAGCACCAGCAGGAUCUGAGGGGGCUGGAGGAAGAGUCUGCCCAGCCCACUGUCUCCCACCAACGUUGCCCCAGAGAGAGGGGCUCUGCCCAGGAAGGCGUGUGCUCUGGGGUCAGGGCGUAGCUCCACCAGGAGAUUCUGAGUGCUUGAGACUGUCUAGAAAACUCCACGCUCAAGGGGCCCCGUGGACUGUGUUUGACAAGCCUGAAGUGAGCUGUAGGCCUGGGUUGGGGCGGGGAUGACCACAGGAUGGUGCAUUUGUGCAACUCGUUGUAGACAGGCAGCUGGCUUGUGUCUAUGGGUACACUUGUGUGUGUGUGUGUGUGUGUGUGUGUGUGUGUGCGCGUGGCUGUCCAUUUAGGUGGGGUAUUACUGUGACGGUCCAUGUUUGUAAUAAUGGUGCAGGCUACGUGCAGGGGUGGGCAGUGUGGUUGUCGACAGGAGUGUGUGUUUGUGUUGGUGGGAACCUUUGUACCAGCGUAAGUGUGAUUGUAAGUGAUCGUGUCUGGGGGAGGGCGGGACGUGACUCCUCGGACGGCGUCUGUAAACCGGUUCGUUCUGUCUGGAGCCCACGAAGCCUGUUUGACCCCGUAGCCAGGUGGCUCUUGGCUCAAACUGUAUCAGUCAGGUGAUGCCGCCUAACACAUGGCCACCAGCUCAGCCACUUGAAACAACACGUUUAUCAUCUCCCUCCCUGUGGGUCAGGAGCCCCGCCUCCUACUCGGGACCUCAGGAGGCUGCGAUGGGAGCGCGGCUGCAGUCUCAUCCGAAGGCUGAGUGGGGAGCUGUGUGCUUCCAAGCUCACGCGGCUGUCGGCAACACUCGGUCUUCUGCAGCUGGGGGACCGAGGGGCUCCGUGGCUCACUGGACGGCAGCGGGAGCCACCCUCAGCUCCUCGCCACACGGGUCCCAACCUGGGGCUGCUCGCAGCAUCGGGACAAGGUUGUGCGGGUGAGCUUUUGUGUCCUUGUGCACAUUGGGACUGACCUGUGUGUGUGCACAUAUGUAAGAGAGAAAGGCCAUGUGGCUGGACAGUCGUGUGACCACGUGGGGUCUGUCUGUAGGCAAGAGGGACUGUGUCCAUCUUGGUAGCAGUGUGUUUGAUUUUCCCUGUUUCAUGUGACUCCACAAAUGUUUACUGAACACACUGUGUAGAGCGGGAGGGAGCGUGUGUGUGCGUGUGUGUGUCACCACCUGGCACGUGGACGGGCCCCCGGAAGAGCUGGUAGCAUCCUGCCUGGGCACAGCUGGGCUCCUUCACCCUGUGGCGGGGCCAGGGCCCACCAGCAUCCGGUGAUGCUCCCCUCACCCCCACCCCAGGAGCUUUUCCUGGGCCUUGCCGGGCAGGGGUCUGCAGCCCUAUCUCAGGGACACACCCUGAUAGCACAAUCUCCCUGGGGCCCCGCCCACCUCCAGGCCUUUCCCCCCCCAGGCACUGGUCCCCUGGGGAGAGAGGGAUCCUGCAGCAGGAGAGGCUGGAGCCUGCCCCUGCUGCUGGCCCUUCCUGCCUGGGCACCCCUGGUUCUGGGGACCGUGCCAGGUCAUGCUUGCUGUGGUUCCAUCCCUGCCCCUUCUCCCCCCGCAUGUGGGUGCCCCCUGCCCCCCCAUUGUGGGGUCUGUGUAGCAUUUGCUCUAGAAAUAGUCUUCCUGCAAUAAAGAAGUGGACCCUGCAUUCCC